AUGGCUGUCUUCAACAACCUGAGCGGGAAUUGGCUCAUUGCCACCAUCACUGUGGUCAAUGCAGCAUCCAUGUCAUGGUUCGGCUACGAUCAAGGAGUCUUCUCCGGUGUUUUGAUAUCUUCCGACUUCAAAUACUGGUUCCCCGAAACGAACAAGGCCAACAUCUCCGGCAUCACGUCGAGUUGCUUCUCUCUGGGAGCCUUCUGCGGGGCGAUCUUCGCUUUCACCCUCGGUGACAAACUCGGCCGCAAGAAGACUAUUUCCCUCGGACUGAUCUGCAAUGCUGUUGGAGCCAUCCUCCAGAUCGUGUCAUGGCAUUUGCCACAGAUGAUCAUUGGCCGCAUCAUCAAUGGCUUCGGCAUGGGUCUCACGUCCUCGACUUGUCCUGUCUUCCAGGCCGAAUGUUCGCGUCCAAAUGUCCGCGGCAAGCUCGUUGUUGUUCAGUCUCUUUGUAACACAGCCGCUUUCUGUCUCGCCAACUGGAUGAACUACGGCCUCUACUUUACUGGUGGUGCGCUUCAGUGGCGUUUCCCGCUGGGCUUCCAGCUCAUCUUCCCCGUCAUCGUCUCUAUUGCUCUUCUCUUCGUGCCUGAGUCUCCACGCUGGCUACUACUCCAAGAUCGUCAUGAAGAGGCGCUAGAGGUCAUUGCCCGUCUCGAGGGCAAGGGUGUCAGCAUUCACGACGAGCGUGUCACAGCCGAGUUUCUCUCCAUCCGCACUGCCAUCCACCAGGAGCGCAAAGAGCGAGUGCCGACAAAGGACGUUCUUCUCUUUCGCGACAAGACUCAGAACUUCCGCCGGCUUCUCUUGUCGGCUGGAACUCAAUUCAUGCAGCAAUUCAGCGGAGUCAACGCCUUGGGCUAUUACCUCCCCACUCUUUUGCAGCAGAGUGUCGGCUUCGACCAACAGAUGGCGCGCUUGAUGACGGGAGUCAACGGCACUAUUUAUCUAUUUGCCGCGUUCUGCUGCUUGUUCAUCAUUGACCGGUUUGGCCGUCGCAAGAUGAUGCUGUAUGGAUCCAGUACUAUGGGCUCAUGUUAUCUCAUUGCCUCCAUGUGUCUUCGCGCUGGCCAGACUGGCCAGGCUGACAAGAAGCAAAUGGGAAACGUCACUACCGCCAUGUUCUUCAUGUACUACUUCUUCUACGGCACCAGCUUUGCCAAGGUACCAUGGGUGUACAAUUCCGAAAUCAACUCGCUUGGCUGGCGCACUCGCGGCGCCGCCGCCGCUACGGCGACAAAUUGGCUUGGAGGCUUCAUAGUGACUCAAUUUACCAAGGUUGGAGUCGAUAACCUCAUGUGGCGUUUCUAUCUGAUGUUUGCAAUCAUCUGCUGGGCGUACCUCCCUGUUGUUUGGGCACUAUAUCCCGAAACCUCCCGUCGAACCCUCGAAGACAUGGACGAAAUCUUCAUGUCGAACCCGAGCCCCUUCGUUUUCAACAACCGGGACCUGACUCAGCGCAGGCGUCCUCAGGCUUUUAUCGACGCUGAAGCCCGCCGUAUUGACGAGGGCGCUACGUCGGAGGUUGGACAAGGGGUUCUUGAGCAUAAGGACUUGGAGAACGUCAAGGCUGCGCACGUUGAGGCAUCACAGCGCGUCUAA